CUGACGUGUCAUGUUUCUAGGCAGCAACUUGAAAUUCCCACUUGCACAAAGAUCGUAUCUCUGGCUGGCUUGAAAAUAUGUCACCGAGAUUAGAAAAAAAAUGGUGCGGUCUGCUCUAGGUCUUGUAUGGAGUAAAGGGCCGUUUUUGGAGACGUCAGGUAGCUCUUCGGGUUUAUUUACCAUGGACACAGAGAUGAUACCAAAAUUCUCCUCAAAAGAUGAGGAAAUUGAUUACUGGAAAUCCCUUUCCUUGAAGUACAAAAAAAGUUGUCAGGAAGCCCAGGAGGAACUGCUGGAGUUCCAGGAAGGAAGCCGGGAGCUGGAAGCGGAGCUCGAGGCGCAGUUGGGGCAGGCGGAGCACAGAAUCCGAGACCUGCAGGCAGAAAACCAAAGACUGAAAAAUGAAGUCGAUGCUUUGAAGGAAAAACUUGAACAACAGUAUUCUCAGAGCUACAAGCAGAUAUCCAUGCUAGAGGAUGACUUGGGACAGACGAGAGCCAUCAAGGAGCAGCUCCAUAAAUAUGUGAGGGAGCUGGAGCAGGCGAAUGAUGACCUGGAAAGAGCCAAGAGAGCAACAAUAGUUUCUUUAGAAGACUUUGAACAGAGACUCAACCAAGCCAUUGAAAGAAAUGCCUUUUUAGAAAGUGAGCUUGAUGAGAAAGAGUCUCUCCUUGUGUCUGUCCAGAGAUUAAAGGAUGAAGCUCGAGAUCUCCGGCAGGAGCUGGCAGUGCGAGAGAGGCAGACGGACGUGACGAGGAUGUCCGCGCCCAGCUCUCCCACUAUGGACAGCGACAAGAUGGACUCUGCGGUCCAGGCGUCUCUCUCCUUGCCGGCCACGCCUAUCGGGAAGAGCAUAGACAAUGGCUUCUCCAGCCCUAAGGGAAUACCAAAUGGUUGUAGCAACUCCCCGUUAACUCCAUCUGCAAGAAUAUCAGCUCUUAACAUAGUAGGCGAUCUUCUAAGGAAAGUAGGGGCAUUAGAAUCAAAACUAGCUGCUUGCCGAAAUUUUGCCAAGGACCAGGCAUCCAGGAAGAGCUACUCUUCAGGGCACAGCAACUUGAUAAACAGCAACAGUACAAAAUUUUCACACUCGCUACACACAACAUACUUUGAUAAAGCGGCAGUGAACGGGCUGGACCCUGGAUCCCUCACAGGACUUGGCUCUCCAAGGUCCGCCUCCCCUCCUGGCGUGCUGCCCCUGAGUGUCUGAUGAAGCCGCACCUUGCCACCCGAGCUCCUGGACAGCAAGGGAACAGGCGUGAGCAAGGAGGGACAUCUGUCAUUCAGCUGCACGUAAAAGACUUGAAAAUCGGUGCACAUGUCUUCACGCCCUUCAUUACAGACCUCCCCCCCUCGUUGGUUGUUCAUUGUUGCGUCCAGGUCGGAUCCUCCUCGCCCGGCAGCACGUGUUCAGGAGUGUGCUCCCCCUCAGCUGCCAGUGGCUUUGCUCUUUUCCUUUUUACUCGUCUCUCACUGGAAGAACAUUGGUUUGUGACAAAGGCCCUCGGUCGACUACAGCAUUCGUUUCAAAUAAACGUUUAAAAGUUUGUUUUGGUCUAUUGCGUGUUGUAAAGAAAAGGGAUUUCUUUUAAGCAUUUGUUUUAAAUUUGUCUGUAAAUAUUUUGUUUUUCCUGGUGCAAUUGAAGGUCCUGUUUGAAACAGUUGAUGGUUUCUAUAGUGCUGCAUCAAAGGCACUUGCUCGUUCACUUCCUUGGACAAAGAAAAAGACUCAACAUCACUUCAUUUCAAAGUCUGUUUAAAUUACCUGCUGUUGAUGUGUGGUUAUGCAAUUUCACAGCAAAUGAGAUAUUUCAGACCUACUUAACAAGCAUGUAGCCUUCAAAAAAACGGUUCAUAUUUUUAAACCAGUUCAGUCUUUUUCUUCUUCAGUGUAUCUAGAGCAGAUGUAGAGUGAAGGGUGGGUUUAGAAAAUCAUCCAAAUGCAGACUUUGUGCAACAUCUGCAAAUGUUUCUCACUGGUCAUUGCUAUACCUGUUCUAAGACAUCCCUUUUAUUUCUGGCUGCAUCUGUCAAUACAAUUAGCAUACAAAGAAAAACAGUCACUAAUGAAGACUUAAGACUACCAGCCCUACUCUUUACAAAAACAAAAACCCCUGUGUUUGGGAUUUGAAUGUUGGAUCAGUAUUGGUAAUCUGGAUUGUAAUAUAGACCAUUACAAUUUUAACAGUGUAACUAAUAAAUAUACACGUAUUGUGACUUAAUUGCCACUCACAUUUAGUGUUUGCUAACUUUGUAAUUGUGGGAAUAUGUUCAAUGUGCCUGUUUUGGUGGGUUUGAAAUUCACCAGAUUUUUUUUUUUGUUGAAAUAUCACGUUUCUUGACGCUUUUUAAAAAAGUUUACAUUCAUAAGUAAAAAUUAAGCUAAUUUAUUUAAGUGGUUGGGUUGAAAAUAUAAUUUGGAGCACUGGUGAAAUGUCCCUUUUCUUGCCAGUGCGUUCACAAGAUUUUAUUUUGAUGGUUGUCAUCAAACACCAUUGCCUGUUUGAUCUGUUAUAUAUCCGUGUAUAUAGGUUUGUAAGCAUAGCGUCUCUGCCUAAGGUGUUUGUAUAUAUACUAGCUUAGGCUUUGUAUCUUUAUUUAUUCAGAUUCCUUAUGGCAUGUCUUGAAUUGCACAUGUGUAUUAUAAUACAGUUGUAACAGAUCAUUUAUCAUGAUGUAGAAUUGGCUGUCUAACCUGUUAAUAAAGAUCUUUAAAUACUAAA